GAUUAGGUGCUAUUUGGGACUAAAAGGGUUUGUCAACAAGUAGAGUCCGAUAAUAUAAAGCUUCAGAGGCUCUAGGAAACAGUAUUGUAGACCAGCAUAGAGAGAGAGAGAGAUGAAGCUACUACAUUUCUUCUGUGUCUUCCUGACUGUCCUUGCCUCCACUUGGGCUGAGGACCUAGCGACCGUAUUGAGCCCUCGUGGAGCCAGGCCAGUAGAACAUGGUUACAAGGCUGAUAAAUGUGCCACAGAGAAGAACUGGCCUUUUUGCUCAGAUGAUGACUGGGGUCCUAAGUGCCCGUCAGGUUGUCGUAUCCAGGGUCUGUUAGACAAGGCAGACCAUUCCUUGCUGAAGAAGAUAGAGAAGAUUAGGCAGCUCCUGGAUCAGAACAGAGCCAAACACCGCUCUGCCGACCAGGCAUCCAAACAGACCUAUGACUACCUCAAGGAGAAACUCACCUCCAACGCAGGUAAUGACAACAGCUUCUAUGACCUGGCUGAACGCCUCCGUCAGAGGAUCGUCGACAUCAAGAUCAAGAUAGAGCGCCAGCUGAGGAUCCUCAACGCUCUGAAGACCAGCAUCAAAGACCAGGUUAUAGAGAUGCAGAGACUGGAGGUGGACAUGGACAUCAAGCUGCGCUCCUGUAAGGGGUCUUGUAAGGGCUACGCUGAGUUCUCCGUCGACCAAGCAUCCUACGUGGCUCUGGACAAGCAGAUGGACCAGCUGGAAUCACAGAGCGUUCAGUCUGUGGAGACUGUCAGCACGCUGUACGUCAUGAAGAGCCGACCGCUUAAAGACGUCGUGGUCGACAGCAAGUACAAGUCCGGCCCGGCUGAGGAACAGAAGGAGGUUUUCUUCCCGGAGGUGAAGACCGUGAAGCUGACCUUGGAGACCCAGGGGUCCAGCGCUUCGUCUGCCGCCACUGCCAGCCAGGUCCCGGUGUGUAGUCUGUGGAUACAGAAAGGGAAUGGGGUCUCCCAGUCAGUUCGACAGAGAUACAGAGGCAGGAGGGGACGGUGUCCUGACAGACCAGAGCACCCACUCUGCUCUGACCACCAGUGGGAGUCCCGGUGUCCGUCGGGCUGCAGACUACAGGGUCUGAUGGAGCAGACAGAGAGCCAGAUGAGGGGCAGACUGGGCGACAUCUGUGAGAGGAGACAGAGGUACGAGGACGCGGCUACAGCAUCCAUGGUGACCACCAAACACAUCUACAAUAUGAACCGCAAGGCCAUCGUCAAGACACACAUGUCUGAGCUGAGGUACGUGGAGUUUGCUGAGGGUUUGGCCAUGAACGUGACAUCGCUAAGGAAACGGUCGGCUGCGUUGCUACGGAAACUGAAGGAGCAGCGAAGCCACGUCCAGAAACAGCUAGAGGACAUGUACCGGCAAGAGGUGGACGUUGAGAUCAAACUGCGCUCCUGUCAAGGAUCAUGCAACAGGUCCAUCGCGUUCCGUAUCGACCACGACAGCUACAGAUCGAUGGCCAAUCAGAUGGCCCUGUUCAGUAACACCGCCAAGCAUCGGAAGAGCUCUCCUCUUAAUAAGGACAUCGCUAGGAUCAAACUACAGCCGGUGGCUGUCGGUCCCCCGCCAUCGACCGCCUAUAAAACCAUCCCCAUUGUCCAGAAGGAACUCCUGACUCAGUUUGAGGAUCUAGAACAGAAUCAUGUGGUUCUAGAAGAGGUUCUAGAAGAAACGGAAUGCCUGGGUUCUGAAAGGGAGAGAGGAAAAGGAGAAGCAGGCGUUCCAGAAUGUAAAUAAUAAACUCAGAUAGAGAUGUCUGCCUCUCUGUGAUAUCUUGGUUCGGUUCUGAUAGAUAUGUUAUUAUGAACACAUUGGGGUCAUAUUUUUAUUUACUUCUAAUAAAGGACUGCUGUUUUAAUUAACAUAAACUAUCAUUAUAUAGAGCCACGGGAAGUAGGGGUGUUGAGGAUGCCUCACUGGGGUUCUGAGUGGCGCAGGGGUCUAAGACACUGCAUCUCAGUGCAAGAGGCUUCACUGCAGAAACACUUGUUCGAAUCCAGGCUGCAUCACGUCUGGCUGUGAUUGGGUGUCCCAUAGGGACAAUCGGCCCAGCGUUGUGUCGUGGACAUUUCCUCUAUUUACCAAAUCAUGGGAGCAAACCACACACACAAGUCAGAGUUAGUUAUCAAAGUCCAUCUUUAAUUAUAUGAGCUCUAUCACAAUCCUGUGACUCUCAGAUAAAUUCAGUGUCUCUCAGUGAAUCCUCCGAGAGCCCUCUUACAAUGCAACUGAGUUCCUUUAAUAGCAAAGACACACAUAGUCAGACAGCAUAGACAUAAUUCAUCGUUCAGCUUUGUCUCCUUUCCCAAACCCCAGAACCAUAAACCAAUCCUCCAUAUCAACAGGCAUAUAUCAAAUUGUCAUUUAGAUACAACCAACUCAAAAUACAACCUCCUGGACAAACUCACGGAGAGAAGAGUGAGGCUAUAGGUUAAGAUAAAAGCAACAUUAGAGGGAGCAUAGAAUGAUUCCAGACACUGCCACCCUUCUUUCCCCACUAGAAAAAGGUAGGGAGUAAAAGAUAUGUUUACACAUGAUGACACUUUGACCUCUCCCCUCUCGGCGGCCCAGGCAACUUAGUCUUGACAUAGAACAGAUAACUGCAACCUCGCCACAGUAUUAUACAAAAAUAACAUUCUGAUGAGAAGUAACUUACACACAUUUGAUAAAUAUAAAACAUCUAUAAUAAUGUUACCAACAAAUUCUGAUCCUUCCACGACAGUUGUCCAGGGUAGGCUGUCAUUGUAAAUGUGAAUUUGUUCUUAUCUGACAGGCCCUGUUAAAAUUAAACUAAUAUUACUCUUGUCAGAGAGGAAUAAAAUAAGCAAGCAGGUUGGGAAGAAAACGUUCUGUCAGCAAUCUCUUGACAAAGAGAUUCUCAACCCCCUCCUCCAGCACUAACGAAGAGAUUCUCAACCCCCUCCUCCAGCACUAACGAAGAGCUUCUCAA